UCAAAGUCACAACAAUGGGGCCAACCAAUGAGCUGCUGCGGGAUCAUGAGUGGAGAGGGGCCGGGGAGCUCAGAAACAAAAAUGCCCAAAGGCGAGUGAGCGGUGGAACACUUUUGCAAAGCCUCAAGUCUGGUUGUUUUCUCCUCCGAACCUUUGCAGUGUUUCUUUGCACUCCUCUGUGCUCUUGAAUGAUCGAUCCACUGACUUGGAUGUCUCUUUGGAUUUGCUUUUUUUGUUCGGACCGAGGUGGAGGUGGCGGGGGGAUUUACGGGCUGGAGAUGGAAUGAUUUCUCCUUAAAACACACACACACACAAGUUGUGGCGUUUCAGUGUGUCGGUAAAUGGGUGAGAAAUGCACGCUGAUGAUGGGUUCACGGAGCCGGGAUUCCACGGCAGCCUGUUGAACGCCCCCACCUCGCACAGGCCCACAUUUUCGGAUUAACUUUUUUGAGUCUCCAUGGAAGUGCUGUUGAAGUUAGCCAUAUGAAUCUGCUGUGAGUUUAAGCGUCUCACAAGACCCACCAUGACAACCUUCUGCUCGCUAGCACGGACCUUCUGUGGAGCACUUUGCCCACUAACGUGUGUGCUUCUGCUGCUAACGUGCUUAUCAGCAGCCUCGCCGUCCCACGGCCGGAGGCUUAUAUGCUGGCAGGCCAUCAUGAACUGCCAAACGGAGCCCGAGUGCAAUUACGCUUACGAUCACUACAUACGCGCCUGUGGGCCGGUGUUAAACGGCGACAGGAAGAAGUGCCCCAGCCACUGCAUCUCCUCUUUGGUGCAGCUUAACAUGACCCGAAACGGACCCGCUUUGGAGGACUGCAGCUGCGGCCACGACCUCGAGUGUACGCGCACCAAGCGGGCCAUCGAGCCCUGCUUACCCCGGACUACCAGCACCGGCUGCACGGAGGCUCGGCGUCGGUGCGAGCGGGACCAGCAGUGCAGCUCUACCAUGCGCGACUACUUGCACCACUGUGGGAAACUUUUCAGCGGGGCUGUUUGCACCAAUGCCUGCCGCAACGUCAUCGCCAACAUGCGCAAAAUCCCUAAGGGUCAGCAGCUGGACACUUGCAUGUGCGAUGGCACCGAGAGGGCCAUCUGUGAGUUUGUCAAGAGCAGCAUGAAGACGCUCUGCUUUGACACCCCGGAGAGGGAGGAGAGCAGCGGCUCUCACGACAGCUUUGACUCGGAGGAUGAUGAGGACGACUCGGACCCCUACUACAGGGAAGAGCCUGAAAAUGGAACCUCUCCUCUGGAGGUCCACUAUGUUUUGACCAUGCUGGCAUCCAUGUUGGCUCUAUUGCCCCUCAUUUAAGCACCACUUUUUAACCAAGACUGCAUGAACAUUUGAAUGAGUGCAUUAUUUUCUAUGCAAAUGGCAGCAGAGGGGCUACUUUUUGGGAGAUGUCUGCUCUCUUACCAAAAGCAGCCACACUCACCAGAUGCUUGGCUUGCACACGAUAAGCUAAAUUAGACUGUUGUACUUUCACAGAGCCUGAUAUAGCCAAGAUGUGAUGGAGCCAGAGCAGUGUUUGAACAAUGCUGUGCACUGCCAAUCUUUUUCUAUAAGAUAUUAAAUAUUUUUAUAUGACAGCCUUUCCUGGGAGGCAUAGGAUUUACAAGUAUUUAAUGCUGGAAUUUAAAAACUUGUAAAUAACAGAAAGGCUAAAGAGGAUAAUUUAUUUCAUGCAGUCAUAUCCAAAUGCGGUGAAUAAAAGACUGAAAAUUCCAGCUUUAAAGGGAAGGUAUUUGUUGUGCGUAUUCUCUUGUACUGUACAUUGUAUAUAUGUCUAUAGCCAAUAUAGUUUUUUUUCCUUCAGAGAAUCUUAUAUGGUGCCGGCUAUGUGCUGAUUUAUUCACUGUGUGUAGCCUAUAGAAAGAAAUGUCUAAAUCCACUGUAUGGUUUGCCUUAAUGAUAUACUUUUAUAGAAGGCAUAAAAGGAAAACUUGAAUAUAUCACCCUUGACUGUGACUUGUUUUUGGAGAGUGAUUUAAAGACUUAGAGGUGCAGAUUUUGCAUAGUUUAGACUGCGGUGUAAGUAACUAUAGGACAUUAGGACACGGUGUCAGCAAACACAGAAUUUUGGAAACAACCCAACAAAUGAAUCGGAUAGCACUUUUUUGAGAUGUAGUUUGCAUGUUUGAUGUGUGAGACAAUAAUGAUCAUUCUUAUCAUAUGUUUGCACUCCCUUUUUGUCGACUGAUAGCCUCGUGACCUACUAUGUCUUGAUUUAGCUGGCUGUUGUCAAACGCAACUGUCACCAUAAAUCAACAAAACACCCUCUUGGCCCUCUGCUUGCACUCAGGUGUCAACCUUGACAAACUGUCAGUGUGUGUUUUUAACAGGGAACGUCAUUUUUAAGGUGUCUGAACUCGGGUCUUAUAUUUUAAAGGAUUCUAUUUGCAGAGUGGAGUUAUAGUCUUCUUCCUGAAUGGUUAUGUUCUACUUUACUAAUCGUACAAAGCAUGCAUUUGUUGUGUAUUUGCAUGUUGCAUGUGUACAAUUGUGUUAACGUCUGUCCUUGGUCAAUGAUUUGCUGCAAAAUGUUUUAUUUAGAAGAGGCGCGGGGGGACGAGGGCCCUCCAGCUGAAUGGAUGGAGGAGAAGUCGAGUGGCGUCUUUGUCAUGGAAAUGUUAAGCACAUAAUAGUUGAGCAGGACAAUGGGGAGGCACUUCAUUCUUUCAGGCUGGCUUGACACCUCUGGAGAGGCGAGCGACAGGGAAUCAUGUGGGAACAAUCUUUCUGCUGCUGCUGCCGCUGCUGCUGCUGCUGCUCGGGCCGCCGGGCUUCCAGCCCCGGGAAGAAAACAUGGGAAAGUCCUGACAAGAGGUGCUUUUGUGAAAUGAUCUUUUCCAUGAGUAAUUGCUCCUUCUGCCUCCAUGAGGUGCAAGAAAAACUAAGCUAGAAAAAGCAGGUUUCCAUCACCGGUGUGUGUUAUUAUCCAACCAAAUUUAUCAUAGACUGAAUUGCUCUCAAAAAGUACCAAAACAGCCAGCAGUGUUGUCGUGGUAGUAUCAGUGUGCAGUCUGCCGUGCAGCUUUCCAGUAGAAGAAAGGCUCAGGAACCCAGCAUGUCCUCCCCUCUACCACCUCCUCCUCCUUGCCUUUCUGUUGCUCUCUCACACUCGCUCAGGCAGUUUCGGCACUUAGAAAAAGCACAGCAUGCACAUAAUAAUGCGCAGGGUGCAAAUGGAUGAAUGUGGGGAAAGAAAAUCUCC